AGAACAAUGACAAUCGGUAACGUUUUCGUCUUCCUGACACACCCCACCGCUAGGGGGCAGAACACGCCGCUAUUCACAGCUGAGAGCUACUUCAACAACCGCUUCCGGCCUCGUCCUUCCUCUUUUUCCUCCUCAUCGGGUCGCAGCCAUGGUGAACGUCCCGAAGACCCGCAGGACUUACUGCAAAAAGUGCAAAAAGCACCAACCCCACAAGGUGACCCAGUACAAGAAGGGAAAGGAUUCCCUCUAUGCACAGGGUAAGAGGAGAUACGACAGAAAGCAGAGCGGGUACGGUGGGCAAACAAAGCCGAUUUUCCGUAAAAAGGCUAAAACGACAAAGAAGAUCGUAUUGAGGCUAGAGUGUGUGGAGCCCAACUGCAGAUCCAAGAGAAUGCUGGCCAUCAAGAGAUGCAAGCACUUCGAGUUGGGUGGUGACAAGAAGAGAAAGGGCCAGGUCAUCCAGUUCUAAGCCGUGGUCUGUUCCUCUGGAUGAUAUUGUCACGAUUUUCAAUAAAUGUGUUGAAACAUA